ACUCUCUGCUGGACCUCGGGGACCUGACCUACGGCGGACGCUUCACCUUCGAGCCGUCUGUCUCCUCUUGUGGAGGUUUGUGGGCGGAGCCUCUGCUCAGCCUGUUGUCUGGGUUUGUGGGUGUUGCAGCCCCGCCCUCUUCAGUGACAUCAUCAGUGAAGUCCAACUCCUCCGUCUUCUCUGAGACGUCCACAUCCCCCCUCCCUCCUCCUGACGCCCCCCAGAGUCCGCAGCCCACCUACCCCCCCUCCUGUGGGGGCAUGGCGCCCGUGUUGUCGGACCACCUGCAGCCAGAUGGGGUUCAGAAACCUCUGCUCCCGCCGCUCACGCCGCUGCCCACCAUCAAAGCCUUCUCCUCACAGUUCCAGCCUCACGGCGCCGCCCGCCCGAACAGGAAGUCCCCCGCACGCCGGCCAUGCAAGACCCCGCCCCACGAGCGCCCGUACGCCUGCCCUGCCCACGGCUGCGACAGACGCUUCUCCCGCUCCGACGAGCUGACGCGUCACGUGCGCGUGCACACGGGCCAGAAGCCCUUCCUGUGUCAGAUCUGCAUGCGCAGCUUCAGCCGCAGCGACCACCUGACCACGCACAUCCGCACGCACACCGGUGAGAAGCCCUUCGCCUGCGCCCAGUGUGACCACAGGUUCGCCCGCAGCGACGAGCGCAGACGCCACGCCAAGGUCCACCAGAGGCAGCAAGACCGCAGCUCCGCCCCUUCACCACGUAGGCCUGCCCCCUCUCCCCGCAGCUCCACCCUCAACACACAGCUCCACCCCCUCAUCC